AUGCCUACUGGAAUGCUGCCUGGACAUCGAUUUGUCUUUGCUGCUCGAAGUUCAAAAUGGGUUUUCGAAGAAUCCAAUAACUCUAUUAUUUUGGAUUUUUCUGUGUAUCCAAACAAUGUAGCUCAGGCAGUUGUCAAAUGGACGUACACAGAUGAAGUUGAAUGGUAUACUGAUGAGAAGGAAGAAGAUUUUUUAUUGAACUUACUACGAGCUGCACAUCAGUUUUAUUUGCUACCUUUGAAAAACAGUUGUGAACAGAGAUUGAUAUCAUAUUCAGGAUCAAAUAAUUGUUUGAGAUAUUAUCAAGUGGCAGAUGACGUUGAAGCUUUGGCCCUUAAAAACUAUUCUGCUCAAAUCAUCUCAAACUAUUGGGUUAAUUUCUUUUAUAAUUGA